GGGGUCGCGCUGGUUUUUCGGCCAUGGCCUCGGAGAAGCGGCUCGAGGUGGUGACCUGCACCGCGCCGGUCAACAUCGCGGUCAUCAAGUACUGGGGAAAGCGAGACGAGGAGCUGAUCCUGCCCAUCAACUCCUCUCUGAGUGUCACGUUGCACCAGGAUCAGUUAAAAACCACCACAACGGCCGCCAUCAACAGGGACUUCACAGAGGACCGAAUUUGGCUAAACGGCCGGGAGGAGGAUGUGGGGCAGCCGCGCCUCCAGGCCUGCCUGAGGGAGAUCCGUCGCCUGGCCCGCAAGCGGAGGAGCGACGGCCACGAGGACCCGCUGCCCCUCAGCCUCAGCUACAAGGUGCACGUGGCCUCGGUGAACAAUUUCCCCACGGGCGCGGGCCUGGCCUCCUCAGCGGCAGGCUACGCCUGCCUAGCCUACGCCCUGGCCCAGGUCUAUGGCGUGGAGAGCGACCUGUCAGAAGUGGCCCGCAGGGGCUCGGGCAGCGCCUGCCGCAGCCUGUACGGCGGCUUCGUGGAGUGGCAGAUGGGGGAGCGGGCCGAUGGGAAGGACAGCAUCGCCCGUCAGGUGGCCCCCGAGUCACACUGGCCGGAGCUCCGUGUCCUCGUCCUCGUGGUGAGCACCGAGAGGAAGCCGACGGGCAGCACGGUGGGCAUGCAGACCAGCGUGGAGACCAGCGCCCUGCUCAGGUUCCGGGCCGAGGCGCUGGUGCCGGCACGCAUGGCCGAGAUGACCCGCUGCAUCAGGGAGCGCGACUUCCAGGCCUUUGGCCAGUUGACCAUGAAGGACAGCAACCAGUUCCAUGCCACCUGCAUGGACACCUUCCCGCCCAUCUCCUACCUGAGCGACACGUCCCGGCGCGUCAUCCACCUGGUUCACCUCUUCAACGCACACCACGGGCAGACCAAGGUGGCAUACACGUUUGACGCGGGUGCCAACGCUGUGAUCUUCACCCUGGACGACACUGUGGCCGAGUUUGCGGCUGCCGUGAGGCACAGCUUCCCCCCCGAGUCGAACGGAGACAAGUUUCUGAAGGGGCUGCCCGUGGAGCCUGUCCCGCUCUCGGAUGAGCUUAAGGCUGCGCUGGGUAUGGACCCCACCCCCGGCGGCAUCAAAUACAUCAUUGCCACUCAGGUGGGACCCGGGCCUCAAGUCCUGGAUGACCCUGGCGCUCACCUCCUGGGUCCCGAUGGUCUGCCAAAGGCAGCCGCCUGA